GUUGAACUCCGCAAAUGUCUCAGCGAAUAGUAAUAUGUGGUGCAGGAUUCGUUGGCUCUCACAUUGCAAAAGUUCUGCUGAGCGCAUCGACAGGCCUAAGCCGUAACAAGACACCCCACAUACAGAUCUCCUCUCGGGCCCCAGACAAGGUGCACUCGUCUUUAGCACGAAAUAUUGAAGACAGCCAUCGUCUUCUUCCGCCGUGCAAGGCGGACGUAACGGACCCUUCUUCUCUCGCGAAAGCCUUCGAGGAUGCCGACGUCGUCGUCUCUCUAGUCGGAACGAUGAGCAGCAAGCCCGACGUCGCCGAGAAGCUGCAGUGGCAUGGCGCUGAAAACGUUGCCAAGGCUGCCGAAAAUGCAAACGCGAAGCUCAUCCAUUUCAGCGCCAUUGGUGCCGACGAGACCAGCAAAGUAGCUUAUUCGCGAACGAAAGCAUUGGGCGAGAAGGCUGUGCUGGCCGCCUCUCCAACCGCCACUAUCAUAAGGCCCAGUAUCGUCUUUGGUCCUGGAGAUGCUUUCUUCAACAGGUUUGCUCAGAUGUCGCGGUUCUUACCCUUCAUGCCCGUGUUUGGCGGAGGUAAGACUCGCUUCCAGCCCGUAUAUGUCGGGGACAUCGGCCGAGCUGUUGAGCUCUUAUCAAGAAACGAUCCAGAGGUGGAGAAGGACGUUUCUGGAAAAAUAAUCGAGGCUGGUGGACCAGAAGUAUUCACGUAUGAGGAAAUCAUGCGUCUUGUGCUACAUUACACAGGUCGAAGGCGUCCGAUUUUAUCGUUGCCUUUUGGCGUUGGGAAGCUACAAGCAGCCGUCCUUGAAAAGCUUCCCGAAAACCUUUUUACGCUAACGCAAGACCAAGUAGAGCAGCUGAAAAUCGAUAAUAUCGUCAAUCCCAAUCCACUUUCGGAACAUAUGUCUUUUGAGGAUAUCUUACAGAAGCAUGCCUCGUGUCCGUUAACUUCCGUUCACUCCAUCCUUCCUACAUACCUAUCGGACAACUAGUUUAGUAUUGACGGCUCAACGUCAACCGCCAGUAUUAAUAAUCAUGUGACAACAAC